GCGCGGGAGGCGGCGCGCGAUGCGGAGGCAGAGGGAGCCGCAGCGGGGCCGGGCGCUGCCGGGCGCCGUCGGGGCGCUGUGCCGGGCCCUGCCACCCCGCGCGCGGCCCAGCCCCGACACCCUGCGCCGCGCCAAGUUCGACCGGCCUCAGGCGAGCCUGGAUUUCUGGAGGCUGCUCUACGCUCUUCUGAAACAAAUCCACGGAGGCAAGUGGGCAGAGUCAGAUGCCAUAGAUAACCAGAUUAGGUUUGUAAAAUCAGCAUUGUGGUACCAUGGCUAUGGCAGACUGGAACUUUAUCAGCUCUCAUCUGAUGGCUCAGCAGGUAGUCGGGAGCUGCUGCUGGCGUUUUCCUGGGUGCUGCACAGGCUCGACCUCUUGGAGCAGCUUUUGGCUCGCAACAGAGUAAAGACUGGGGAUGAAGCCUCUGUCUGCACAUGUGAAGAUGAUCAGCGUAGCAGCCAGAAAUGUACAACUGAAACAGCACCUGAAUAUGGGCUAGGAGGCAGAGUAGAUGUUCGAUACCUCCAGUGGUUAAAUGGGAGGCUGAGGUUCCAGUGGUGGAAUUUGCAUGCUCAGCACCAAGAGCAAUGCAGCCUUUUGCACAAGAUCCAUUCAUCCACUAGUGGGUCUCAUAUGGACCAGAUCCUUGGACAUUUUUCUGUCACAGAAACAGAUCUUGUUAGACACCCGGAGAACUACAAGCAGCUGUUACAGAUUCUGGAGUCUGAAACCAGGCAACUAGAAGCCUUUCUGGAGUGGAAGCAACUUGAACCAGUUUAUUGGCAGUGGAUGGAAACUGUGUUAGAUAAUGUGGCUGAAGAGGGAGCUGUGUGCGAGUCCCAGGACACACAUGUGGCGAAAAUCAGACUGCGAAAGGUGACCUCACGCUGCCUCUGGGCUGACAGUCUGACUGGGCAAAUUAACAGAUUAUCCAGAGAUCUAAGGGCUCUCUGUGACCAACUGCAUAAGCUUGUAACGCACCAAAAGGCUGUGUGGUUUGAGAAGGUGAAAACAAGAGAGGAAGAACUACAGAAGGAGGAGUUCUCUGCCACUGCUAGAAAGAUGCAGGAAAGUGUUGAACUAAAACUGCUAGAUUUUACAUACCUUUGUGCUCCCCAAAAAACUAAAAAGCAUGGUUUGUGCAGACUGGUGUUCAGGAGCAAACGUCCUGCUAGCAAAAUGGGCGUCAGUGAGUCUGUAGCCAAGGAGGCUGUUCCAGCUGUCACUGCUACAGAGGUGAUCAGAGAACUGCAGAUGAAAGAGGCCAGCCUGGAGAGAGAGCUGAAGCAGCUGCAGGAAGAGUGCAGGCAGAGGCUGGAUGAAAUUGCAGAAGGGUUGGAUGGAGUGAUUUGUAUCUCCCCUUGAAGAGAUAAAGCUGGGCUGAGAAGAGCAAAGGUAUAGACUGACUUGAUCAAAAAACAUUAUGCAGUUUGGCAUGGGGGAGUGCGAGGUGAGAAACCAAAUGUGAUUUCUAAUUUUUAAGCCUUGGAAUCAUAAUGUGUUACUGCUUCUUGACUUGCGCUGGGGCCAUAACCUUGGUGGUUCUGUCUGCAGCCCUUUUAUUGCUAAACUUGCCAAUUAAAUGCUGCAGCAGGCCUUAGUGAGAGUGUGUGUAAAUCUUCCUUUUGUCUUUUGGAUUUCUAGUUCUUCUGCCAAGCACUGGGCUCUUUUACAGUGUUCAGCUGCUAGGCACAGCAUAUAUUGAUGCUGCACAUUGAAGUACUAAUAGCGUUCAGUGGUUUCCAGCAAAUGGAAGAGUUCAUUAUUCAGAAAAAUGCAGAUAUUACAGAACAUGCAAAGUACCAAGGCUUAGAGAGAUUGGAAAUGUUUGAGAAAGUGUGUUGUUCUAAUUCAGCUGGUUUGCAUGUUUGUGGCAGCUAUAAAUGCAGUCACCAUAAGGAAAACCAAAUGCCUAAUAAUAAAUAAAGGAGCGCAUUGAUUUCAUCUAUUAGCGUCGUGCGCUUGGGAUAACUGGGUUCUCAAAGAGAACAAACCAGAAACUCAUUGCACCAAGUUAUGAGUUACAAUGAGGUAACUUAUGGAUCUGCUAUGGGAAGUCUGUAACAUAGAAAUAUGACCUCUGCUUCCAAGCUUGAGGAAUAUCCAAGCUCUGUCUCUAGAGGCUACUUCCCCUGGAACAAGCGUAUGUUUUUCACUUGGCAUUCAUUUCCUACCCAUUUCUGUUUUGCUUUCACCAAGGAAUAUUUUUAUAUCCUAGUUGUGCACUUUCAAGAAUAAAUAAUUUUUAAAAAAAAAAAAACAGUUUGCUUUUCAUCUGUCAAUUGCUAUGAGCAAUGGGCUUUCCUCCAUCUGGAUUUCUGUCUGCUACCUCAGCUCCAUAGUGUUGCUGAUUACCAGCUGCUCUGGCCUCACUCAGCAGCCAAAAGUGAGGAGCCAUUAAGGAUCUUUUCCAGGCAUUAGUAUGGUUGCUAUUUUGCAGGUAGACCAUGUGCAGGUGGGAGUGGGUGGACCAGUGGUGUAGCAUCUUCUGCUACACCAACUAAAUGUCAGAUGCUUGCAGACCCUGCUCACCUACACCACCCUUUUCUUGCAGUUCUCUUGCAGUUUUUUCAGAAGUGAGAGGCAAUGGAAACAGCAGUGGAGAGCCACACAGGGAGGGCCGGUAUGCCCUGAUUUCACCCAACUGAGCACAGCAUUGCUGGUAAGCCAGGAGUAUACAAGCUCAGGUUAAUAUGGGCCAAGUUUCAGACAGCUUUUCAUCUGUGUGGCCCUAGCGGCUUGUCCAAGGACCAAGUUUAAAGCAAGGCUGGUGAAAAGUAUCUCUAUACGUGCAGGGUACCAAGCACUGAACUGUUUAAAGUUGGUAUAGCUUUGGAGAGUGUUGGCUCCAGGGCUACUGAAAUUCAGUGUGUGAGAGGACUUGUUCAGACACAAGUUUCACAGAAAAUUAUUCAUGAACAGGAAAGAAACAGUAUAUCUUAGAACUAACAAGAGUGGCAGCACCAGUCUCUCUCUGAGCAUUUUAUAUCCUCCUUCAGCUUUUAAACAAGGGAAUUUUCAUACUGCAUCACAUUUAUGUUUAAAAUAUUGCCCUCAAAAGAUCCUUAGUUCUUCUGUGAGUUUCAGCAGAGAAGAGUGGGCAUAUAUUCUUGAGCAUGGCAAGACCACUCAGAUUUAAGUGCAGUCUAGCUUGUGUCUUGCUUUGGUUUAUCAAGGUUGGCCUAAUACAUACUAGAGUGUAUUAUGCUGCUGUCCACUUAAACUGCUGGGAUGACUCAUUUCCUAGUACCAAACAUUUGUUACCACACAGUGCAGGGUGCUUUAAUAUUCAUCCAAGGAAUCCUCUUUCAGCAGAGACCACAGCUAGCAGCACCUUUCCUCUGCUUGGCCCUGAUUUUUCUCUCUGGUGGAAUGCAAAAAUGACAGCACUCAGUAUAUCUGUGUAUGUGUGUGUGUGUGUGAUGUAUAGAAGUGCCUACAGUGAGUGACAGACGGCUGAACUUACCACAAGGCACAAAUUGCUGUACCAAGGUGGCCAUAUAGGGAAGCUGUCAGCAGAGAUGCUGGGGGGUUGGAGCUGGAGCUGCUUGUCCUGGCAUGUACAUCAAGAAGGGCUAUAGCUGAAAGCAGCUUAAAGGAAGAUUGCUUUUCCAUCCAUGGUGCUGCGCUGGUGUUUGGCACUUUGGACACCUCAUGCAAAGAGCAUAGGCAAGGAUAGUUUCUGUUUUCUGGCACUGACUUCCUGCUCCCUUUUGUUUAGCCAGCUUAGCAGUUUAAACCAGAGCAGAUAUUCCAUGGUCCUCUUUGAAGGUGUCUUGAGCUGGUAGUGGUUUUAAAACAAAUACUUGCAGCGUCUUCUUUCCUUUGCCUCUCUUCUGAGCACCAGUCCAGAGAGCAUGAAACAGGAGGUACUGUAAGGGCUCACAUGCACCAAAGUCUGGAGGGCAUUUUCCUGUGAAAGCUGCCUUUCAAAAUCACAGUACCUCUGCAGGAGCUGGACACAAAGGGAGUGAGCUGUGUUCAUGCCUCAGUGACGCAUCACAGCUUUGCUUUUGAGAGGCAUAUCAGUGCCUCUGAAAUACAGAUGCUUUCCAAUCUUUGUGAGCUUGGCAUCAACUAUCCCUCCAGUACUGCUGAGAGAUGCUGUAAGAUAAACACCACUUAAAAGGCUAAGAAAAUCAUCCUGGGAUUAACACCAGCUGCAAUGAGGGCAAAAAAGUGAACUGGGUGACUGCAGUCACUCUUAAUGGGAUAUAACCUAGGAACAAAUAGAUGUUUGUUAUCUCAUACUAUCACUAUGGCAUUUGAAAUGUUUUCCUGAAAUUGUUUAGGCUGACUGUUCCCACCACAAUAGCCCACUGGUUUUAAAGGCUGCAAUGAACUUCUUGGUCACCAGGGCUUGGCCUUGUAUCAGCAGUUGAAGGUGGGGGAAUGACUGCCCUGGGACACACGUGGCAACCAGAGACCAAAUGACUGCUUGGUCUCUGGCAGACACUGCGACAGGCAGAAGGUGACUCAAGCGGUACAUUUUCUCCAUGGGUUCAAGUAUGCUCAGUAAAAGCUAAGUAUUGGUUCACAGAAAUUGGAGAGUGUUGUAAACAACCCACUACAAACUGAAUGGUAAGAUAGAAGCUAUUAAGUGGCUUGUCCUUUGCCAUAUCAUCAUAUGGUUGUCCAUUGCCUUGUGAAAGCAGGAAUCUGCCCUAAGGUUAUUGAUGGAGUUGAACAGAAAAGGGUAGGUAUUGGACAGAGAAGCUGGUAGAC